AAUGAGGAGCGCUACUGUCCCCUAGCCGAUUGGUACUUCUUGUCAGGAAGAAAAGCUGAGAGGUGGGAGUGACUGGGGAAGGAGGCAGGCGGUCCCUACAGCCGGCACUGGGAGCUCCUUUCCGCCCCUCCGCCUGUAUCCCAGCCUGGGCUCUCUGGAGUGGCUGAGGCUGCGGAGCGCUGCUGGAGCCUGUGAAUGAACCCUCCUCCUCUCCCUCCUCCUUCUCCUAGCUGAGUCUCCUCCUCGGCGCUGACGGUACAGUGAUAUAAUGAUGAUGGGUGUCACAACCCGCAUUUGAACUUGCAGGCGAGCUGCCCUAAGCCUUUCUGGGCGAGGAACUCUAGGCGUGCGGGCGCAACAGUCGCGUACGUUAGGUGCUGUGGACAGGCGCUGGAACCUAGGUCUGCUUACCAGCGGCGCAUCCUCCCUCAUCUCUAACACAGUCCUGCACCCUCCUCAUCCUGCCCCAGGCCACCGCGCUUCCUAUGAGACCUGCGGGACAACGCGGAACCCAUUCGCACUGCGGAGCGGUGAAAAUUUCCCCCAAACUGCAAUAAGCCGCCUUUCAAGGACAAGAUGUUGAUAAAUAUAAAAAGUGUCUUAUGGAUGUGCUCAACCUUAAUAGUAACCCAUGCACUUCAUAAAGUGACAGUGGAUAAAAGCCCACCAGUUAAGGGCUCCCUGUCUGGAAAAGCCAGCCUACCUUGUCAUUUCUCCACCAUGCCUACCUUACCACCCGGUUACAACUCGAGUGAAUUUCUCCGAAUCAAAUGGUCUAAGAUGGAAGUGGACAAAAAUGGAAAAGAUAUAAAGGAGACUACUGUCCUCGUGGCCCAGAAUGGGAAUAUCAAGAUUGGUCAGGACUACAGAGGGAGAGUGUCGGUGCCGACACACCCUGAGGAUGUGGGGGAUGCCUCCCUCACCGUGGUCAAACUCCGUGCUAGUGAUGCAGGUGUCUACCGUUGUGAUGUCAUGUAUGGAAUUGAAGAUACUCAGGACACCAUGUCACUGGCUGUGGAUGGGGUUGUAUUUCACUACAGGGCAGCAACCAGCAGAUACACUCUGAAUUUUGCUUCUGCUCAGAAGACUUGUUUGGACGUUGGGGCGGUCAUAGCAACACCAGAACAGCUCUUUGCUGCUUAUGAAGAUGGAUUUGAGCAGUGUGAUGCAGGCUGGCUUUCUGAUCAAACUGUCAGAUAUCCCAUCCGGACUCCCCGAGAAGGCUGUUAUGGAGAUAUGAUGGGGAAGGAAGGGGUCCGGACCUAUGGUUUCCGCUCUCCCCUGGAAACCUAUGAUGUGUAUUGCUAUGUGGAUCAUUUGGAUGGCGAUGUGUUCCACAUUACUACUCCCAAUAAGUUCACCUUUGAGGAGGCUGAAGAAGAGUGUGAAAACCAGGAGGCCAGGCUGGCAACUGUGGGGGAGCUUCACGCAGCUUGGAGGAAUGGCUUUGACCAAUGUGAUUAUGGGUGGCUGUCGGAUGCCAGCGUGCGCCACCCUGUGACUGUGGUCAGAGCCCAGUGUGGAGGUGGUCUACUUGGGGUGAGAACCCUGUAUCGUUUUGAGAACCAGACAGGCUUCCCUUCCCCUGAUAGCAGAUUUGAUGCCUACUGCUUUAAACCUAAACAGAAUAUAUCAGAGGCAACCACCAUCAACAUGAAUAUCCUCGCAGAAACUUCAUCACCCAGUUUAUUCAAAGAACCACACAUGGUACCUGACAGAUCUACACCAAUUAUUUCAUUAGUCACCGAAUUACCUAUCAUUACCACACACUUCCCUCCUGCAGGAAAUAUAGUCAAUUUUGAACAUAAAUUGACAGUCCAGUCUCAGGCUAUUGCAGACAGAUUAGCCACCGAAUCACCCACUCAUCCUGGGAGUACUGAGAAGCCUUGGGGUAUGGAAGACUACUCACAUUCUGCUUCAGGACCACUUGGAAUGCCCAACAUAUCUGAAAUUACAGAGGAAGUACCCCAAAGUACAACUGUCAUUUACCAACAUGCUCUUGAUUCAUGGGAUGGUGUCACUGAGGAUAAGCAAGUACAUGAAUCAGUUACACACAUUGAACAAAUAGAAGUGGGUCCCUUAGUAACGUCUAUGGAAAGCUCAAAGUACAUUCCUCCCAAGGAAUUGCCUGUAACCCAAACACCAUCUGAAUCUACAGAAAUGACUCUGGAACCCAAAACUGACAUGAAAUCAGGAAGCACUAUUCCUAAACCGGUGACCACAAGUCACUAUGGAUUCACCUUGAGAGAAGAUGCUAGUGAAGACAGAACACUUACAGUUAGAUCUGGUCAGAGCACCUUGGUCUUCAGCCAAAUACCUGAAAUCAUAACAGUAUCAAAGACUUCAGAAGAUACAACCCACUCUCAGCUCAGGGACUUGGAGUCAACUUCAACAUCAACAAUUACUUCACCUACAACUAUUUUUGACAAGAAUGGAUCACCCAUAGAUAAAGAGGAAGAGAAACAAGCUAAUGGUAAGAUAACUGAAGAUUUUCUUAGUCCAUCUCUGCCUACAACACCUUUUCCAUCACAGCAUCUCACAGAAGUAGAAUCGUUUUCUUAUUCUGGUGAUAAAAUAUUAGUAGAGGGCAUGUCCACAGUUAUUUAUCCUUCAGUACAAACAGAAACGACACAAGGUAAAGAAAGAACAGAAACACCAAGACCAGAGUUGAAAAUGGAUACUUACACAGAUGAGAUGCAAGAAAAGAUCAUCACCAAAGAUUCAUUUAUAGGUACAACAGAAGAAGACUUUUCUGGAAUGAAGUUCUCUACAUCUUCCUCAGAGCAAAUUCAUCUUACAGAGUCUUCUGUGGAAAUGACCAAGUCUUUUGUUUCCCCAGCAUUGCCAACAAUAAAGUUAAGUGUGAAACCAACAGAAGCAAGAGAUGUAGAGGGAGAAACUACAACAACUCUGGUUACAUUAGAAGCUGAUGGCUAUCAACAUGUUACAAAGUAUGACCAAGAUGCCACAACAGCUCACUUGACCCACAGUGCUUUAGAUGUUGAGGUAGUCACAGUAUCAAAAUGGUCCAGGGAGGAAGAUAAUGCAACCACAAAGCCUUUAGUCACCUCUGAACAUGCAGGCUCUCCAAAAUUGCCCCCUCUCUUUCUUAGCACCCUGGAGGCAAAUGGAAAGGAUAAAGAAAUCCCAAGUUUUGCAGAAGAUUUCAGACAUGGAUUCACUCUUUUCCCAGAGAGUACUCAAAAGCCAGUAGAAAAGUUUUCCAAGGAAGAUUUAAUAUCUGGAAAAUUUAUAGUUAAAUUCCAGCCAACUACAUCAAUUGGUAUUGCAGAGAAGUCAACUUUGAGAGAUUCUACAACCGAAGGAAGAGUUCCACCUACCACAAGCACAGAAAGCCAAGUUGUUUAUGUAACUGUGGAAGGAAGUGCUUUGGGUGAAGAAGAUACAGGUGUCUCUAAACCACUGUUUACUAUUCCCCCCCCUGCACACACCUCAGAUGUGGAGGCACUGUCAUUUGUUAAUGAUAGUAGCUCCCAGGAGCCUACUACACGUGUUGAUACCUCCCAUACUAUUACUCUUUCUGUAAUUCCCACGACAGAAUGGGGAGUGAUAGAGUCUUCUGUUCCAUCAGAAGAUGAAGUUCUAGGUGUACCUGAUCAAGAUGACCAUGUCACUGAACAGACUCAUCUAGAAGCAACUAUGUUUCCUGAAGCUUUUCAAACAACAGAAAUCACACAGGGAACAACCCAGGAUGAAUUGUCUUGGAAAGAGCAAACUACAGGGAAAUCAUUUCCCACUCUCAGUUCUACUGGAGUGGUGACCAAGGUGACAGCAACAUUUGAUGAAGAGGGAGAAGGAUCAGCAUAUACAGUUUCUGAAGACAAAUUAGUGACAAGGUUUGAGAGAGGCCCGGUUUUAGAAACAACUCCAGUUGGAACAAUUGAGCAUAUGUCUUAUCCACCUGGUGCUAUAACAGAGCACAAAGUGGAAAUGGAUAAAAUGGUAACACUAAUACCAUCCAUCAGGCCGAAAGUAAUUUUAAGUCAGGAGCCAGAAUUAAAACAUGAAGCAGAAGGUAGUAGCCCACCAGAUUUUGCAUCAACUUUGAGGCCUUUCAGCACACGGUUUAUGGAUGAAACCACUAUUGAAGAAGGAGAGAAACCAUCCCUAGAUUAUACGGAUUUAGGCUCAGGAUUAUUUGAAAAGCCCAUAGUUACAGACCUCCCAGAAUUUCCAACAAGUAAAACCACAGUUUCAAGUGAUAUCAGUGCUGUCUUCACUUCUACAGACAGACUCCACAGAACUCCACCAUUCAAGCCAUCUUCUUUUGUCACUGAGGAAACCUCUGUCUUUGACCCAGAGCCCAGUGAGAAAACCACACAUGAUACUGUACUGACUACAGAAUCAACAACAGAACACCCUCCCACCACCCUCACUGGUACCAUAGCUAAGGCAACAGUAACAGAUGUUGACAAAGAGUAUCACAUGCCUACAAAGACUCCUGCUACACAGCCAACAAGACCAUCCACUGUGGAAAGCAAAGAGACCUUCAAACCUCAGGCGUUUUCUACUCCACCACCCCCAGCAGGGACAAAAUUCCAACCUGACAUAAAUGUUUAUAUAAUUGAGGUCAGAGAAAAUAAGACAGGUCGAAUGAGUGAUUUGGUUGUAAGUGGUCAUCCAAUAAAUUCAGAAUCUAAAGAAGAUGAACCUUGUAGUGAAGAAACAGAUCCACUGCAUGAUCUAUUUGCUGAAAUUUUACCUGAAUUACCAGAUUCUUUUGAAAUAGACAUAUACCAUGGUGAGGAAGAAGAAGAGGGAGAUGAAAACUGUGCAAAUGCAACCGAUGUGACAACUACUCCAUCAGUUCAGUACAUCAAUGGGAAGCAGCUAGUCACCACAGUGCCCGAAGACCAAGGAGCUGCAGAAGCUAGGAGUGGCCAGUUUGAAAGUGUUGCACCUUCUCAUAAUUUCUCAGACAGCUCUGCAAGUGAUACCCAUCAGUUUGUAAUCACAGAAGCAGAAAUGUCAACUGUAAUGCAAUAUAAUGAAUCUAAAGAAACCACUGAAUUGCUAGAAAUCACGUGGAAGCCUGAUACAUAUCAUGAGAUACCAGAACACUUCUCAAGUGGUGAGUCUGAUAUUUUCACCACAGUCCCAUCCCAUGAUGGAAAAGCCACAGAAGGGGCAGAAUCCAUCACACAGAGCAAUCCCAAACUUGAAAGUCUGGUACAUAAACUUCUUGAGCCUGUACCUCUGUUUCCUGAAGAGUCUUCAGGAGAAGGUGCCAUUGACCAAGUAUCUCAGAAAAUGUUUUUUUCCAGGGCUACAGAAGUAACAUUUGGUGAAGAGGCAGACAAAAGUGCUUCCACAUCUACUCCUAGUACACUCCCAAGUUCUGUGUCAGCAGAUGUCUCAGAGGAAAAACCAGUUACCCUAACAGGAACCCCACAAACUGGUGAUUCGUCUACUAUAGAAAGUUGGGUAGAGGUAACACCUGGACAAACUAUAGCAUUCUCAGGGAGUUCUUCAGGCCCAAGUAUAGAAGGCUCUGCAGAAUUGGAUGAGUAUAAAGAAAAGACGUUCACCCUGGUAACUGAUUUAUCACAGAGAAAUCCUACAGAUACACUGUCGCCUUUGGAUAUGAGAAAGAUAAUGAUCACAGAGAGCCUUUUUGAUGUUCCUGCAACCACUCCUUCAUUGGAUUCAGAACAAGCUUCUGCAGAUGCAGCACCUACACGAUUGGUAAUUCAAGCAGAUACUUCUGAGUGGGUUUCUGGUACAUUUCUUGAGGGAAGGAAAAGGGAAGAGGAGGAAGAAGGAACUACAGAUGCAGCCUCUGUAGUUGAGAUCCACUCACCAACACAAAGGUCAGAUCACAUAAUUUUAUCCACGGAAUUAGAAAGUUCAAACCUAGCUACAUCUAGUGAUUCAGCUACUAGGAAAAAUUUUAUGCUUUUGACAACACCCACACAUUCUGAAGAGGAAACACCAAGUUCUACUCUUGUUUUCACAGAAGCAGAUGUUUUAGUCAAUUUGCAAGCACAGCCCUUGGAGCACAGUAGUAGCAGUCAACCCAGGGUUGAAGAAGGGCUGACCACUCUCUCAGGUAGCCCUGCCUCUCUCUUUAUGGAUCAUGGCUCAGGAAAAGAAGAUGCUGGCCCAGAAUACACUACUAUCUCUUCAGUUUCAUUAAAUUUAGAGUCUGAACUCCAAGCUAAAAAAAAAGUACCUGGUACUUUGGUUCCUCUUGUGGAAACUACAUUCUCCUCUGAGAUAACAGGAUUAACUCUGAGUACUGAAACAGACAGAGAAGUUGCUGAAGAUAUAAGCCAGCCAUCCAAGGAAGCAUUGAUUUCAGAAGUAUCAGAUCCAACUCGUGGGGCAGAAGUAGGGGGCUUUUCCACAGGCUUUUCUUUGGGAGAGGAUUUCAGUGGUGACUUUAGUGAAUACUCAACAGUGUCUUAUCCCACAGCAAAAGAAGAAAGAGAAGGGAGGGGAAGCUCUGAGGACACAACAGAUAGGGACAUAGAGAUUUCACCAUCUACAACACCUACCUCAGAUGAUAGCAAACAAAUGCCUGAAUUAACAGACCUCAGCAGCACCAUGGCCAGCACCUCAGCCUUCCCCUGGGAAGAGUUCAUGGCCUCAGCUGAGGGCUCAGGUGAGCAGCCGACUUCAGUCAGCAGCUCUUUUGGCCCAGUACUUCCCCCUGCUGUGGACAAUUUUUCUGGUACUGAUUCCUCACUUAUUGACCAGGGAUUGGUAGAAGUGGGUGCUACAGGUAAAGCAGAUAAACAAUUUACUGUUUUGCCAACAGCAGAAACAGGAAAUAUAGUAGAGAUAACAGAAAACGGGGAAGUAAAAGUUGAUAGCACCAUUUCAGUGGACUUUCCACAAACAAUGGAGCCAUCCAAAUUGUGGUCUAGACAGGAAGAUAAUCCUGUAAGACAAAGGAUUGAAAAUGAAACGGCAACUGAGGAAAAGGCUCAAGAACAAAAGACUUUUGAGUCUUCUCAAAGUUCUCUUGCCCCAGAACAAAGAAUUUUUGAUUCCCAAAUGCUUAUUGACACUCAGCUCCUAACUACAGCUUAUUCUAUGCUAACACCACACAAAACUUAUGACACUAAGGAAAUGGAAGAGGAAAACAAGUCCUUAGCUCAUAUGUCGACCUCAGAUCCAGAUGCAAAAGGCUUGGAAUCAUAUACUAGUCUCCCUGAAGCUAUUGGCAAUUCAAACUCUUUCUUAGCCACUGCCUUAGUGACUGAAUCUAUACCAGCUGGAAGUGUAGUCACAGGCUCUCAAUCUAAAGAAGAAGAAAGUAUAAAACUCCUUCCAAAAGGCAUGAGACCAACAAUUAAAGGGUCAGAUACUGAUCUCUUAUUCUCUGGUUUGGGAUCAGGGGAAGUUUCACCUCCUCUGCCUACAAGACCAGUGGAUUUUACUGAAAUGGAACAGAUCGUUAGCACUUUGGAUCCUGAGACUUCUCCCAUGGGAAGUUUAGGAACACGCAUUGUAAGUGAUAAAAUGGAAGACUAUGAAAGAGUGGAAACUGUGGCGAAUGAAAUUAGACCACUCAUUUCUGAAACAGGCACCAUUUCUGAGGGUAGUAAAGCAGCAUUCAGUACAACAUUACAUGAUACCAGAGCAGAAGGCCCCACUGCUUCAUCUCUUCCUUUUUCCACAGAUGUGGAGCAUCUUACAAAUCAGACUCUCAGGUGGGAAGAAGAAACCCAGACACAUAGACCACAAACCAUUAUUGAAAAGACCUCUAAUGAGAACUCUUCAGUAGCAGAAACUGAAGCAGCAGCAACCUCUUCUCUUUUUCUGGUUCAAACUUACAGUACUGAAGUAGAGAAAGAAUUAGUUACAUUAGCAUCAAAACCAUCUGACUUAUUUUAUGAAAAUUCAGGAGAAGGAUCUGGAGAAGUAGAUGUUUUUGAUUUAGUCCACAUUUCUGGAACUACUCAGGCAACCAAGCAAGGAGACAGCACACUUGCUUCUGAUGGAUUUUUGGAACAGCACCCAGAGGCUCCCAGGGCUGAGGCUAGGGCUACUGAUGGAUUUUCAACAGCUCCACCAAUUCUACUGUUUCAUUCAGCAUACAAUGAAAGUUCCCCAGACCCAACUACUGCACUGUCAAAUACGGUGCCCUAUGCGAGUCCCACAAAUGAUGUUGCAGGUGGUUUCCAAGAUCAUAUCAGGAGAUUUGAGGAUUCAACCUUAAAACCUAACAGAAGAAAAGCCACUGAAAAUAUUAUUAUAGAUCUAGACAAAGAGGAUAAGGAUUUAGUAUUGACAAUUACUGAGAGUACCAUCAUAGAAAUUCUACCUGAGCUGACAUCAGAUAAAAAUAUUAUCAUUGAUAUUGAUCACACCAAACCUGUAUAUGAAUACAUCCCUGGGAUGCCAACAGACUUAGAUUCAGAGAUACCAUUGGGACCACAUGGUAGUAAUGAAGAAAGCCUUCAGGUUCAAGAGAAAUAUGAGGCAGCUGUUAAUUUUUCUUUAGCUGAGGAGGUGAUUGAGGGCUCUGGCGAUGCUUUUGCUAGUUACACUCAAGCAACAUACAAUGAAUCAACUACUUCUGAAGAUGGAAACCAAGCAGAGCACAUGUACAUUCACUUUGCAACUGGAGUGCCUGUUCCUAGCACAAAAAUUGAGUUAGACACUCUACUUCCUACAUUGCCAACUCUACCCAUUCCUAGUAAGUUGACUACAGUUAGUCCAGAUGUUGGAAACCCCAAAAUUGAAGCAAUAUCUCUGGAUGACAUAUUUGAAUCGAGUACCUUGUCUGAUGGCCAAGCUAUUGCAGACCAAAGUGAAGUAAUAUCAACAUUGGGACAUUUGGAAAGGACACAGGAAGUAUAUGAAGAAAAAAAAUAUGUAGGUCCUUCUUUUCAGCCAGAAUUCUCUUCAGGAGCAGGGGAGGCAUUGACAGAUCCUGCUGUCUACGUAAGUAUUGGCAACACGCACCUUGUGGCUCAGCAUUUAACAGAAGCCCCUAAUGUGACAGAAGGGUCCAGUCCUACACAUUACACUGAUAUGACACCUGCAGUUCCUGCCCUGGCACGGUUGUCCUCUCAAACACCAUCUUCUCCCUUCCCUGUCUACAUAGGCAGUGGAACCUCUGAAUUCCCAGAGGUGCCCCAGACAAGUCCUCCACCAGGUACAGGUGCCAGCUCAUCACAAAGGUCUCCAGAAGAUUCAUUUAAGGAAGUUCAGGCAACUGUCGAAGCAACUGUCAAGCCACUGAGUGAAAAAUAUUUUCAUAUCACUGAACCUCCAUCCUUAUCUACUGAUCUAGAGCUAGAACUUUCAGAAGAUGAAAGGAAACCUAAGUUACUAGAAGAAUUGGAAGCUUCUCCUACAGAACUAGUUGCUGAGGAAGGAGUUAAGGCUUCUCAAGAUUCCUCAAACAAAGCCAAUGGUCAACUUCCUGGAGAAACAAUUGGGAUGUUUCCCAGUGUCAGAACACCUGAGACCGGAACUGUCACCACAGCUGCCAGUGGGAUUAAGUUAGAAGGUUCUACACAGUGGCCACAUUCUACUUCUGCUCCUGCAGCUUUCAGGGUUGAGACAGGUGUGCUACCUCAGCCCAGCCCACCGAAGCCUGAGAGGCCCACACUCUCUUCCUUGGACAUUAACCCCGAAACAUACAAACCUGUAAUCAGAGGGGAGGAUUCCACAGUAGUAGCAUCAGAAAAAGAAAUGUCAGCAAGAGUUCUCGAUUCCAAUAAUCAGGCAACAGCCAGACCUGUGGAACUAAAUACUGAGCUUGCAUUACCACCAUUUUCUCUUCUGGAAAAUUCUAAUGAAACUGGUUUCCUGAUUGGUAUUAAUGAAGAGUCCAUGGAAGGCACAGCAGUCUAUCUACCAGGACCUGAUCGGUGCAAAACAAACCCAUGUCUCAAUGGAGGCACCUGCUAUCCCACUGAGACAUCCUAUGUGUGCACAUGUGUGCCUGGAUACAGUGGAGACCAGUGUGAACUGGAUUUUGAUGAAUGUCACUCCAACCCUUGUCGGAAUGGUGCCACGUGUGUGGAUGGUUUUAAUACAUUUAGGUGCCUCUGUCUUCCAAGCUAUGUUGGUGCACUUUGUGAGCAAGAUACUGAGACAUGUGACUAUGGCUGGCACAAAUUCCAAGGGCAAUGCUACAAAUAUUUUGCUCACCGCCGAACGUGGGAUGCAGCUGAAAGGGAGUGCCGUCUGCAGGGUGCCCAUCUCACAAGCAUCCUGUCUCAUGAGGAACAGAUGUUUGUGAAUCGUGUGGGUCAUGACUACCAGUGGAUAGGCCUCAAUGAUAAGAUGUUCGAACAUGACUUUCGUUGGACUGAUGGCAGCACACUGCAAUAUGAGAACUGGAGGCCCAACCAGCCAGACAGCUUCUUUUCUGCUGGAGAAGACUGUGUUGUGAUCAUUUGGCAUGAGAAUGGCCAGUGGAAUGAUGUUCCUUGCAAUUACCAUCUCACCUACACCUGCAAGAAGGGAACAGUUGCUUGCGGCCAGCCUCCUGUUGUAGAAAAUGCCAAGACCUUUGGAAAGAUGAAACCACGUUAUGAAAUCAACUCCUUGAUUAGGUAUCACUGCAAAGAUGGUUUCAUUCAACGUCACCUUCCAACUAUCCGGUGCCUUGGAAAUGGAAGAUGGGCUAUGCCUAAAAUAACCUGCAUGAACCCAUCUGCAUACCAAAGGACUUAUUCUAAGAAUUACUUUAAAAAUUCCUCAUCAGCAAAGGACAAUUCCAUAAAUACAUCUAAACAUGACCAUCGUUGGAGCCGGAGGUGGCAGGAAUCGAGGCGCUGAUCCCUAAAAUGGCGAACACGUGUUUUCAUCAUUUCAGCCAAAGUCCUAACUUCCUGUGCCUUUCCUAUCACCUUGAGAAGUAUUAUCAGUUGGUUUGGAUUUGGGGGCCACCGUCUGGUCAUUUGGGGCUGCUGUGCUCCCCAAACAUUUUCGGCGAAAGAAUUGGCAUUAAAAAGAGAGCGAAAAAAAAAGAAAGAAAAUGAAGAAAGUAAUCAUUUCCAGCCUAAGUUCUUUAGUUUCCUGUCCGCCUCCAGGGCAGACCAUUUCAUGUAUUCCAGCCUACUGUACUAUUUAAAAAGCUCAAUUUAGCACCGAUGGCCAUGUAAAUAAGAUGAUUUAAUGUUGAUUAUAAUCCUGUAUAUAAAAUAAAAUGUCACACCGAGUUUAGGCAUAUUUAAUGAUGACUAUGAAGCUUUCGAGGUCUUUAAUCAUUGGUUCGGCUACUUUCCUGUAGUUUGUUUAGGCUGGAAAUGGUAUAAUUUGCCCUUGACUGUCUGCAAGUCGGAGGACAGUUUUUCUGGAUGACUAGCAAACACAAUCUUGUAAAUCAUUGCAUUCAUCUCAGCCACAAGUGCUGUGCUUCCGGUGACACGGAAGCCGGGCCGGUGAGAUCCUGACGGAACAAGGGACUCCAUAGUGGAACUCUUUGUUGCAUUCCUUUUUCUUCGCUUACAAGAAGGACCUGAAUGGGGGACUUUUCUAUGGCCAGCAGCAUUUUUUAGGGGUCAAAGUGCUAAUUAUUAACUCAUCCAGGUCUACUUUUUAAUGGCUUUCAUAACACUAACGCUGGUAAGGUUAUGGAUCAAGGCAUUUGGAGUGGAUAUAGACUGAGGGCUCUGGAGGGUGGGGGAUUUUUAAAACAACAACACACAUGCAAAAAAAAUUUUGUAUAUAUAACCAUUUUAAUCUUUUAUAAAGUUUUGAAUGUUCAUGUAUGAAUGCUGCAGCUGUGAAGCAUACAUAAAUAAAUGAAGUAAGCCAUACGGAUUUAACUUAUUGGAUGUUAUUUUCCCCAAGACCUGAAAAUUGAUAUAGUAUGCUAGUUAUUUUUCAGUGUUAGCUUUUAUACUUUCUUCACAGUUUGGAACACUAUAAUAUAGUACUUUGUUCCUGAUUCAAUAAUGUGAUGGAUAGAAUGCAUCAAGUGUUUAUUAUGAAGAGUGGAAAAGUGUUUAGCUUUCAGUGAGUGGUGUUUGCCCAUUCUAAGCAAGAGCAUAAGGUGUAGAAAUAGUGUGGGAUUUUCUUCCAGUUAGAUGAAUUAUCUGUUCAAGUUUUUGCUCCUCUUUUCCCACUGCACCCCCACCCCCAACAUUUGAAUACUGCAAUUGCUGAAGAUGACUUUGAAUCAUUAUCAAAGGAUUAUAUGAUUUAAAGAAAAACUUAUAAUGGAAAGAAUACAUUUAGGACUCUUCCCCUAAUUUCACUUAGAGCAAUUUGAAGAAUGCCAAAUAAAAUGCAAACACUGAAACCUGGUUUAAAAAUUACAGAAUGUAUACAUGGCAUCCCAUAAGUAUGUAAAAGUUUUAUGUUUUAUACAUCAUCAAAUUAAUUUAAAUUUUAAAGAAUAGAAAAAGAGCAGACUGGGGUUGGUUCUUUUUCAUGAAAUGUCCUUUGGCUUCAGUCCUUUGGAAUGAUUCCAGUUCUCAAGCAUACAUAGUGUCUUCAAGCAAGAUUCUCAGUUCCUGCAUUAAUUGUAACCCCUUCUUUGGUGUUCCGAAGCACAGAAAAUCACUGUGUUGGCUUAUUAGGGUUUAAUUUUUUUCUUUUUCAUUACAAUGCACAUAAUACUUACCUGUUAUUUAUAUUAUAACAUGUAUAGUGUAAAAUGUGAAUGACAUUUUUUUGUGAAUGAAAAUCUAAAAUCUUUGUAACUUUUUAUAUCUGCUUUUGUUUCACCAAAGAAUCCUAAAAAUCCUUCUUUUACUA